AUGACGCUUGCACUCUUAGCGUUGACGGCGGUCGGCGUGGCCGACGCCCUGUCGACGAUCUCCCCCGUGGCGAAGCCCCUGACCAUCGGCGCGCAGAACCUCGACUGGGCGAACAUCGGCUUCGAGUUCCGCGAGACGCGGUCCUUCGUGCGCUUCCAGUACCGCGACGGGUCCUGGGACGACGGCGCGGAGUACCCCGGCGGCCUGGAGGCGACCGUGCCCGUGUCCAUCGGCGCGACGGCGUUACAUUAUGGCCAGUCGCUCUUCGAGGGGCUCAAGGCCUUUGCGUGCGCGGACGGGAGCGUGCGCCUCUUCCGGCCCGACGCGAACGCCGCGCGCAUGGCCAACGGCGCGGACCGCACGCUCAUGGCGGCGCCGCCGGCGGACCUCUUCAUCGAGGCCUGCAGCCGCGCCGUGCGCGCGAACCUCGACUACGUGCCGCCCUACGGGUCCGGCGGCGCGCUCUACGUCCGGCCGCUGCUCUACGGCGCGGGGCCGCGCAUCGGCCUCCAGCCGAGCGACGCCUACGACCUGCUCGUGCUCGUGACGCCCGUCGGCGACUACUACAAGGGCGGCCUGGGCAAGCCCGUGGCGGCCAAGGUCGUCGAGGGCUUCGACCGCGCGGCGCCGCUCGGCGUCGGGUCGGUCAAGCUCGCGGGCAACUACGCGCCGGACCUCAAGCCCAACAUGGAGGCCAAGGAGCAGGGCUACCCCAUCGGCCUCUACCUCGACGCCAAGGAGCGGGCCUACGUCGAGGAGUUCUCCACGUCCAACUUCGUCGGCAUCCGGAAAGAUUCCGGCGCGUACGUCACGCCCGAGUCCGCCGCGAUCCUCCCGUCCAUCACCAACGACUCGCUCAUGAAGCUCGCGGAGAAACAGCUCGGGCUCACCGUCGAGCGCCGGCCCAUCGCCUUCCAGGAGAUCGCCGACGGCGAGUUCGCCGAGGCCGCGGCGUGCGGCACGGCCGUCGUGCUCACGCCCGUGGGCACCUUCGCCAAGGGCGGCGAGGAGUUCGUCCUCGACGCCCACGUCGAGCCGGGGCCGACGUGCCUCGACCUCUACACGCGCCUCACGGACAUCCAGAAGGGCGACGCGCCCGACGAGUUCGGCUGGACCCACGUCGUCGUCCCGGGGCCAUAG